UAGAAAAAUAGUGUUAGCUGUUGAUCACAAACCGUCUAUAUGCCGCUUUUGCAAAAGGAUCUAUGAUUCGGGGCACAGCUGAAUAAUGGCGGCGGAAGCUCUUUUGGAACUGCAAGAAAUUCUCACCUCCAGAAAGGAGCCUCUGACAAGAGACGAAGCUAAACUAGUUAAUUCAUUACAGCAAGACGCUGUGAGAAAUUUUGGAAUUGGUGCCACCGGUGCUUCCAUUGCCACUUGGUUUGUGACCAGAAGGCUGAAUAACCUAAUGCGCAUCAACCUCACAGCAGGUGUUGGUUUCUUUUAUGGUGUCAGAAGAGUAGGCAAGUUUUUGGAUUCAAGAGCUGAACAUAUUCUCUCUCAGCAUGGGACUCGUCUGCAGAGCGAGUUGGCAGAAAUAAUGUUGAAGAAGUAUCAGCAACAUCCACAGGUAUUGCGACGCGUCUCCAAAUAUUUUUUUUGUGAAAAUGUUUAUGACGAUGAUUCAACAGACCGGCCAAAACCAAGGUGGCGCUUUCGGAAUCUCUACAAGGAAGAUUUAGCCUCUGCUCAUAUGAAAAGUGAUGACGACUCUUACAGUAAGAGAAUCAAUUCAGAGAAAACUGAUCUGAGGAAGACUGAUAUACAGCGCAAGCAAAUUAAUACAAGUGCAGCAGCUGUUGUUCUGGAGGCGAUUGAAGAUCCAUUUGACUGCAUAUUCGGGCCUCCAAAAAGUGUUGAAAAUACUCAUCGCCCUGACACAGUUAGCACACCACCUCGAAUGCGUAGCCGUAACCAGAAAAGGUCUCAUCGCAGGCAUAGGAUGCAUCACAAGGAGAACAUGGAUGUUUGACCUUUAUUAGAAGUAGCUUUCACAGAUGCCCCGGGCACGUAGUAAAUUUACCAGCUAUUUCAAAAAGUAUUACUACUAUUCGGGUGCCUUUCUUUGAUGUUGCUCUCUCCUUGAGACGCACAAUCUUACAUCUCUAGAUGGAACUGACGUUACCUCCAAGCUGCUUGUAUAAAUUGUUGGAAAAUAUGAAGAAGAACACUAUAGCUUAGCCUUGAAACACGUUUGAAAUGCUUAACGAAAAGCGAUAUUUGCUCCCUAACCAUCGCAAAAUUA